AUGUCCUGGCCCUUCCUGGCCAAGGGCGAAAAGGUCGAAUGGCUGCAGCAAUGUUGUGGCGAGUUCAACGUGCUCCAAAACAGCAGCAGAGAACGCAUGUGUAACAGUGUCCUGAGCCCCAGGCAGGUCCGCUUGGUCUCCCAGUUUGACAUCAAAGCCAAGCAAGGUGAUGUCGGUGGUGUGUACAUGGGGCAGGACCCGCGGCUUCUUUGGGCAAAACCAGGCCUUGAAAAGUUCAGGAAAGAGCGGAACAGAUUCAAGCAAAAGCCCAAAGAGAACCAGCCAGUGACCUCUGACUUCUUCGAAAAACACCCCGAUGUCUACAAGGAAGGGCUUAAGGAGGGCUGGUUCCGGGAAGAGAAGGAUCCUGAGGAAGUGUCGACUUUUUUGGCCGAGAUCGGGGCCAGCACCUGCCACGAUUUGCAGCAGAAGAUGCAGCAUUGCUCCCCUGAGAUGCAGGGGCAGGCUCGGGAGACUUGCCUUCGGCAAGAAGGAUGGCAGGCCUCAGCCAAACCUGAGAAGGAGGACCUGGAUGACGAGGAUGACGAGCCCACCUGUCAGGAGAAGAUGAUCGAUCCCGAGUUCAACACACCCACAAAAGUUGCCACACCCGAUGAGUGUUUGGAAGUCAACUUCACAGACAUUGGGGAAACGAAGCGCAUGUUCUUUGUGUACGAUACCGCCAAUCCAGAUGACAUUGUCCUCGAGAAGCCCAUCCUAUGCUUUCCAGAGAAGCCCAUCGAAUGCGACUUCGAAGAGGGGCGGAAAGUGAGUGAGAUUGAAUUCAAUCGCGACAAAGGCUUCGCAGACUACAUUUAUUGGAUCGAUUUGCCUGAGAAGAAGAAGUCUGAGGGAGGCUAUUGA